AUGCGACGGUCACUGGGUCCAGAGCCAUACAUCUCCGGGACAAACUCUGUGACAAGUUUUCACUGCGCUGUUUGUGACAGUGCUCAGGUCUGGGAGGACAGUGCUCAGGUCUGGGAGAACAGUGCUCAGGUCUGGGAAAACAGUGCUCAGGUCUGGGAGAACAGUGCUCAGGUCUGGGAGAACAGUGCUCAGGUCUGGGAGAACAGUGCUCAGGUCUGGGAGAACAGUGCUCAGGUCUGGGAGAACAGUCCUCAGGUCUGGGAGAACAGUGCUCAGGUCUGGGAAAACAGUGCUCAGGAGAACAGUGCUCAGGUCUGGGAGAACAGUGCUCAGGUCUGGGAAAACAGUGCUCAGGUCUGGGAGAACAGUGCUCAGGUCUGGGAGAACAGUGCUCAGGUCUGGGAAAACAAUGCUCAGGUCUGGGAAAAUAGUUCUCAGGUCUGGGAGAGAAGUGCUUACGUUUGGGAGAGAAGUGCUCAGGUCUGGGAGAGAAGUGCUCAGGUCUGGGAGAGAAGUGCUCAGGUCUGGGAGAGAAGUGCUCAGGUCUGGGAGAGAAGUGCUCAGGUCUGGGAAAGAAGUGCUCAGGUCUGGGUGAGAAGUGCUUACGUUUGGGAGAGAAGUGCUCAGGUCUGGGAGAGAAGUGCUUACGUUUGGGAGAGAAGUGCUCAGGUCUGGGAGAGAAGUGCUCAGGUCUGGGAGAGAAGUGCUCAGGUCUGGGAGAGAAGUGCUCAGGUCUGGGAGAGAAGUGCUCAGGUCUGUGAGAGAAGUGCUCAGGUCUGGGAGAGAAGUGCUCAGGUCUGGAAGAGAAGUGCUCAGGUCUGGGAGAGAAGUGCUUACGUUUGGGAGAGAAGUGCUCAGGUCUGGGAGAGAAGUGCUCAGGUCUGGGAGAGAAGUGCUCAGCUCUGGGAGAGAAGUGCUUACGUUUGGGAGAGAAAUGCUCAGGUCUGGGAGAGAAGUGCUCAGGUCUGGGAGAGAAGUGCUCAGGUCUGGGAGAGAAGUGCUCAGGUCUGGGAGAGAAGUGCUCAGGUCUGGGAGAGAAGUGCUCAGGUCUGGGAGAGAAGUGCUCAGGUCUGGGAGAGAAGUGCUCAGGUCUGUGAGAAAAGUGCUCAGGUCUGGGAGAGAAGUGCUCAGGUCUGGGAGAGAAGUGCUCAGGUCUGGGAGAGAAGUGCUUACGUCUGGGAGAGAAGUGCUCAGGUCUGGGAGAGAAGUGCUUACGUCUGGGAGAGAAGUGCUCAGGUCUGGGAGAGAAGUGCUCAGGUCUGGGAGAGAAGUGCUCAGGUCUGGGAGAGAAGUGCUUACGUCUGGGAGAGAAGUGCUCAGGUUUGGGAGAGAAGUGCUCAGGUCUGGGAGAGAAGUGCUCAGGUCUGGGAGAGAAGUGCUCAGGUCUGGGAGAGAAGUGCUCAGGUCUGGGAGAGAAGUGCUCAUGUCUGGAAGAGAAGUGCUCAGGUCUGGGAGAGAAGUGCUCAGGUCUGGGAGAGAAGUGCUUACGUCUGGGAGAGAAGUGCUCAGGUCUGGGAGAGAAGUGCUCAGGUCUGGGAGAGAAGUGCUUACGUCUGGGAGAGAAGUGCUUACGUCUGGGAGAGAAGUGCUCAGGUCUGGGAGAGAAGUGCUCAGGUCUGGGAGAGAAGUGCUCAGGUCUGGGAGAGAAGUGCUCAGGUCUGGGAGAGAAGUGCUCAGGUCUGGGAGAGAAGUGCUCAGGUCUGGGAGAGAAGUGCUCAGGUCUGGGAGAGAAGUGCUCAGGUCUGGGAGAAAAUGUGCUCAGGUCUGGGAGAGAAGUGCGAAGAUCUAAGGCAAACAAACAUCGCAUAG